AGCUGGUUCCGCCUGUGGCCACGUGGCGCACGCGCAGUGCGGAAUUGUAGGUCUACACCGCCGGCUUGGGGUCUUCUCUGCGGUGCAGCUCACGGGUUUUGUCUCUCUGUGGUCCUUCCAUGUCGCAGGAGAAGGCUAGCAGCCCUUCGGGGAAGAUGGACGGCGAGAAGCCGGUGGAUGCCAGCGAGGAGAAGCGGAAAGAAGGAGGCAAGAAGAAGAGCAAAGAUGGAGGUGGAGAUGGAGGUCGAGCAGAGUUGAAUCCCUGGCCUGAAUACAUUAACACACGCCUUGAUAUGUACAACAAACUCAAAGCAGAACACGAUUCUAUCCUGGCCGAAAAGGCAGCAAAAGAUAGCAAGCCGAUUAAAGUCACCCUGCCUGACGGCAAGCAGGUGGAUGCGGAGUCCUGGAAAACCACGCCGUAUCAGAUUGCUUGUGGAAUUAGUCAGGGCCUGGCUGACAACACCGUUGUUGCUAAGGUGAACAAAGUCGUUUGGGACCUGGACCGCCCGCUGGAGACAGAUUGCACGUUGGAGCUGCUCAAGUUUGAGGACGAGGAAGCGCAGGCCGUAUACUGGCACUCCAGUGCCCACAUAAUGGGCGAGGCCAUGGAGAGAGUCUAUGGCGGAUGUCUAUGUUACGGCCCACCAAUAGAAAACGGCUUCUAUUAUGAUAUGUACCUUGAAGAAGGGGGCGUGUCCAGCAAUGACUUCUCUUCCCUGGAAACUUUGUGCAAGAAAAUCAUUAAAGAGAAACAAACUUUCGAAAGAUUGGAAGUUAAAAAGGAAACAUUACUAGAAAUGUUUAAGUACAACAAGUUCAAGUGCCGGAUAUUGAAUGAGAAAGUGAAUACUCCGACCACGACUGUCUACAGAUGUGGCCCUCUGAUAGAUCUCUGCCGGGGUCCUCAUGUCCGACACACCGGCAAGAUUAAGACUUUGAAGAUACACAAGAAUUCUUCCACGUACUGGGAAGGCAAAGCAGACAUGGAGACGCUCCAGCGGAUCUAUGGCAUUUCAUUCCCUGACCCCAAGCUACUGAAAGAGUGGGAGAAGUUCCAAGAGGAAGCCAAAAACCGAGACCACAGGAAAAUCGGGAGGGACCAAGAACUAUAUUUCUUCCAUGAACUUAGCCCUGGAAGUUGCUUUUUCCUGCCCAAAGGAGCCUACAUUUAUAAUACACUAAUGGAAUUUAUCAGGAGUGAAUAUAGGAAAAGAGGGUUCCAGGAGGUCGUCACUCCCAACAUCUUCAAUAGCCGGCUCUGGAUGACCUCUGGCCACUGGCAGCACUACAGCGAGAACAUGUUCUCCUUUGAGGUGGAGAAGGAGCAGUUUGCACUUAAGCCCAUGAACUGCCCGGGACACUGCCUGAUGUUCGAUCACCGGCCACGGUCCUGGCGAGAGCUGCCCCUGCGGCUAGCUGACUUUGGUGUGCUGCAUAGGAAUGAGCUCUCGGGGGCUCUCACCGGGCUCACACGGGUCCGAAGAUUCCAGCAGGAUGACGCACACAUCUUCUGUGCCAUGGAGCAGAUUGAAGAUGAAAUCAAAGGUUGUUUGGAUUUUCUUCGCACAGUAUAUAGUGUCUUUGGAUUUUCAUUUAAAUUGAAUCUUUCUACUCGCCCAGAAAAAUUCCUUGGAGAUAUUGAAAUAUGGAACCAAGCUGAGAAACAACUUGAAAACAGUUUGAAUGAGUUCGGUGAGAAGUGGGAACUAAAUCCUGGAGAUGGAGCCUUCUAUGGGCCAAAGAUUGACAUACAGAUAAAAGAUGCCAUCGGUCGCUACCACCAGUGUGCAACCAUCCAGCUGGACUUUCAGUUGCCCAUCAGGUUUAACCUUACUUACGUCAGCCACGAUGGCGAUGAUAAGAAAAGGCCAGUGAUUGUUCACAGAGCCAUCCUGGGGUCGGUGGAAAGAAUGAUUGCCAUCCUCACAGAAAACUAUGGGGGCAAAUGGCCUUUCUGGCUCUCUCCUCGCCAGGUGAUGGUGGUCCCAGUGGGACCGACAUGUGAUGAAUAUGCCCAAAAGGUACGGCAACAAUUCCAUGAUGCUAAAUUCAUGGCGGACACUGACCUGGAUCCAGGCUGUACCUUGAAUAAGAAGAUCAGAAACGCACAGUUAGCACAGUAUAACUUCAUCCUUGUUGUUGGUGAAAAAGAGAAAGCCAGUGGCACGGUGAACAUCCGCACGAGAGACAAUAAGGUCCACGGAGAGCGGACAGUGGAGGAGACGGUGCGGCGGCUGCAGCAGCUCAAGCAGACGCGCAGCAAGCAGGCAGAGGAGGAGUUCUAGCAGGCACACGCUGUGCCCGAGCUGGCGCCGUGUCAGGGAAGACCUUGUACACCGGGAAGCAAGCGUGGCUUCAGGCCGAGCGUGGAGUAGCUCUGCAGUCUGCAUGAAUCGGCCUUUGAUCUGGCCAAGUCUUAGAGAAUGUUGUAGAUGGGGGUUAAGAGAACCAUUUAAAGUAUUUUGUUCAUUAAAUGCCUCUUUCCAAAAAUGGAAGAUCCAAAAAUGGGGAUGUUUUAUGUACCCGGGUUAUUUUGUAUGAAUUCAAUCAAUUAGGAAAUAAAAAGAUUUUAAAUGUGUCUAAGGAGAAAACAGAGUUGAAUUAUGGCGUUAAAAUAAAAUUUACUACCAAAG